UAAGGCGUAGUACCGGUUGGCUACCGAGUAUACACGCAAUGCAUAUACUCCGUAUUUAAAAGAUAACGAAGUGCAAUUUCGAGCCGGCGAGGAAAAUAUGACUCGAUUUUGCGAAUUGAGGUCACACUCAUGCCGUAGGCUUCGGUAUUCCUGAAGAGCCGCAUCCAGACGGAGGAACUACCUAGAUAGUAAUUGGCUCUAAACACACAUAUCUAGAAAGGCAUUCGAGGUCGCCCUUAUGGAGUGCACCCUCGCCUAGACCCUGACACUCCUCAAUCUGGCUGUUCCGUGGAGGGUUGAGUGGGGAUUUUGCGGCCACUGUUCAUCUUUGGGCACUCAUACUAGACACUAAAUAAAAAAUGUUUAGAACAGAAGAGAAACUUCAUUAUUAUCGCAUACAUGAAACUCCUAGGUAGGCAGGGUUUGAUUUCUUUUCCAUGUAUCGGCGUUAGGAGUUAAUGCCAAAUGUAUCCCAUCAUAUACUGGGGGAAUGACAUCAUAAAACCUGAAUGCCUUCAUGUGGAGAUCUAUCGAGCUAUCAUGUCGGGGUCAAUAAUCGAGAAGAUUUCAUCUUAUUUUCAUAGCACAUAACUUGGAAAUUUCAUAUCACUUAGCUUUUCGGAAUAGAAUCAAAGAUGUCGCAUCCAGACGCCAACUUGCAUCCCGUCGCAACUGGCCUCGCCAAGAAAACAGUUGAUGAACACUCAUCCGAACAGCAGCUAAAAUUAUUCGCUGGGUGGUUCUGCCCAUUUGUGCAGCGGGCAUGGAUCACACUCGAAGAAAAAAAGAUUCCCUACCAGUACAUCGAGAUCAACCCCUAUAACAAGGGGCCCGAACUCAUGCGCGCGAAUCCGCGCGGUUUGGUGCCAACGCUUGAGGUUGCGCCGGGGAAGUCGUUAUAUGAGAGUACGGUGUUGUGCGAAUACCUCGAGGAUCAUUAUCCGGACCAUGAGCCUCGGAUCCUCCCCGAAGCAGGUCAAGACGAUUACACACGCGCCCGAGCGCGGAUCUGGACGGACUAUGUGACGAGCCGAGUGAUCCCCGCGUUCCACCGGUUACUUCAAUUUCAAGCAUCAGCACACGAAAACGGCGAGCAGAGACUCGAUGAACUACGGGGCGAGUUUAGGGGUCAUCUACUCGAAUUCGCAAGGGAGAUGGAUCCUCAAGGCCCAUUUUUCUUUGGCAAGGAUUUGAGUCUUGUGGAUAUUGUUAUUGUGCCUUGGGCUGUCCGUCUUUGGGUAUUUGAUGAGUUUAAGGGUGGCCUGCGUAUCCCAGAAGUUGGAAAAGGGGGCUCGGAUGAAGAAGUUUGGGCUCGAUGGCGUAAGUGGUUAAAUGCAGCGUCAAGCCGUGAUAGUGUUAAGAAGACGACGAGCGACCAUGAGCACUACCUUCCAAUCUAUAAGCGAUAUGCGGAUGAUGUUGCACAGUCGGAAUUAGCGAAAGCUACGAGAGCCGGUAGAGGUGUUCCGUGAUGUAAUUCUUUUGGAUUAGGGAAAAGGAGGAGAGGGGGGUACUAGGUUACUUAACCCCUAUGCUAGUCGCUUUCAAAUUCAUAAUCAAAUUAAGACCC